UUAAUGCAUGUCGUCUCAAGUCAGUGUCUGAAGACGCUGCUCCGCUCACCAUGUAGGCUAUGAGGAGGAGACUCCCAGAACUGUCUGUGCACUAAACGCUGGGACGCACUUGACUCCACAGGAGCGUAUCUGCAGCUCAGACACUGCUGUUGUUUCAUGUGGCGGGCGCAUGCCUAGAUAAGAAAUAUUAAAUAUAAAUAUUUAUUUCUUAUCUAGUAUGUAUGUAAAUUGGAUUUGAGUGACGGCAGAUUUAUUCACACACUGACAUGAAAAGAGGACGUAUUAUUGAUAUGUCCCAGAACGCGUCUAAUUGUUAAAUCUUGCUAAUAAGAUUUAUCUAUUUAUUUAUUUAUUUUUUUUUUAAAGCCCUCUCCCUCCUCCUCGCCUUUUCCCUCCCUUUGCAGAUGUUGCCUCUCGAUCUGAGCACCUUUUCAGGAUCAUUUACCUUUGCGGCUGUCUGCAGCCACAGCUCGCCACAAAGUCACGCUGGCGUGGAGGGGAGCAGCGGAGGCAGAUCAUUCUGCUGAUCCCAGCACCUUUGCUUAUUAAGGGAAGCACCAGCACCUCCUUGAUCGGUUCCCUCCUCCCUUUUUUUGCCGAUCGCCAUCCCACGACAGCCUAACCGGAGGAAAGGAGCCGGGGAGGGGAAAGCGAGGACACACCCGCACAUACUACUGUAGGCUACCCGGUGUAACACGGCGAGGAUGCUGCUGCAGACAACAUGAGGUGAAUAACAUCGACUGCCCCAAAUUGGAUUUUUUUUUUUACCCGCUCUGAAGACAGAAUACCUGAUUGUCGUGGCUGGUUAUUCACCUUCCUACCAGUGUUCAGCAGGAGCAUCAACUCACAUCACAUAUGAAAAAGAUGUCUGCAGUCAGAUCCUAGGUGACAUCCUGUGGCCGUCAGGUCUUUACGGCGUUGAGCCCCCACCCUCUCCUGGCCCCUGCCUGCAGUUCUCCAGGCUGCAGGACCCAGACUCACUGAAAAGUGCAGGCCUCCUCCCCCUGCAGAAUGACUGUUGCCACAGGCGACCCCUCUGACGAGGCGGCUACACACCCGGGGCAGGACUACGACCCGGAGGCAGACCAUGAGUGUUGUGAGAGGGUGGUCAUCAACAUCUCAGGGCUGCGCUUUGAGACUCAACUCAAAACCCUCUCCCAGUUCCCAGAGACUCUGCUGGGGGACCCCAAAAAGAGGAUGCGAUACUUUGACCCACUGAGGAACGAGUACUUUUUCGAUAGGAACAGACCCAGCUUUGAUGCCAUAUUGUAUUAUUACCAAUCAGGGGGCCGGCUAAGAAGGCCGGUCAACGUCACCCUUGAUAUUUUCUCAGAGGAGAUUCGCUUCUACGAGCUGGGUGACGAGGCCAUCGAGAUAUUCAGAGAAGAUGAGGGUUUCAUCAAGGAGGAGGAGCGGCCUCUUCCUGAUAAUGAGUUUCAGAGACAGGUGUGGCUGCUGUUUGAGUACCCAGAGAGCUCAGGUCCUGCUAGGAUUAUUGCCAUAAUCUCUGUCAUGGUCAUCCUGAUAUCUAUUGUCAGUUUCUGUUUGGAGACCCUCCCAAUUUUCCGCAAUGAUGAUGACGAUAUGCACAAGUCUCACUCGAAAGUCUAUUCACCUGAGACCAAUACCACAACCAUCAGCUAUACAUCCACAUACUUCACUGACCCCUUCUUCAUCCUGGAGACUCUCUGCAUUAUAUGGUUCUCCUUUGAGUUUCUAGUGCGCUUCUUUGCCUGCCCCAGCAAAGCAGGCUUUUUCGGUAACAUAAUGAACAUCAUUGAUAUUGUUGCUAUCAUCCCUUACUUCAUCACUCUUGGCACAGAGCUCGCAGAAAAGCCUGAUGAUGGUCAAGCGGGUCAGCAAGCCAUGUCUUUAGCCAUUCUCAGGGUCAUCCGCUUAGUACGAGUGUUUAGAAUUUUCAAGCUCUCACGUCACUCCAAGGGGCUUCAGAUUUUGGGUCAGACCCUAAAAGCCAGCAUGCGAGAGCUCGGUUUGCUUAUUUUCUUCCUCUUCAUAGGGGUCAUCCUUUUCUCAAGCGCCGUCUACUUUGCUGAAGCAGACGAGCCCGAGUCACAGUUCGAGAGCAUCCCAGAUGCGUUUUGGUGGGCGGUGGUGUCCAUGACAACAGUCGGCUAUGGUGAUAUGGUCCCAACUACGAUCGGUGGCAAGAUCGUGGGCUCCCUCUGUGCCAUCGCAGGUGUGCUGACCAUUGCCUUGCCCGUGCCUGUCAUUGUGUCCAACUUCAACUACUUCUAUCACCGCGAGACUGAGGGUGAAGAACAGGCGCAGUACCUACAGGUCAACGUGCCCAAAGCCGAUUCAGCUGAGGAGCUGAAGAAGAGCCGUAGCGGCUCCACCAUCAGUAAAUCGGACUAUAUGGAGAUCCAGGAGGCUGUGAACAACAGCCGCGAGGACUUUCAGGAGGAGAAUCUUAAGACGGCCAACUGUACGCUGGCAAACACAAACUAUGUAAACAUCACUAAAAUGCUCACAGAUGUGUAGUCAUCUGCUAUUUUCCUUCCGACACAGCCGGGAAAUGUGGAGCAACUGGACGGGACAUGUGUACAGCCUCCCACCUUACGUGUGCUGGAAAUAUCAAGGCAAUAUAAUUCAGGACGUUGAGGACGAUAGACAGUGAAGAAAAAAAAAAUAUUACAGAGACCAUCCGCUUGCUCCUCGCUCAUCCUGUCUUCACUUUUCACAACUUGCCCUUAAAACUCCUGAAAACUGUCAAACAGAGUGAAAUUUCAAAAUUUGCAUUUCUGCAUGGAGUUGGCUUUUGUGUGUCUGUGUGUGGCUGUCUAAAAAUGUCCUGCUCACAACAGUAGCCAACGGUAGUGCACAAAAAAGGGAAAAACACAGCAAGUAAAAAAAAAAAUGAAAAAAAGAAACACAAGCCCUGCUUUAGUCCCCCGUCCCUCUUUUCCCAAGGCACACUGCUCUGCCAUGCGCUUUCUGAAGAGAAUCUUACUUGCUCGCUACACAUGCUGCUUCCUGGAGCCAAUGUAACAAAACUGUCAUACGCUCACACCAUUUAGAAAUAAGAGGAUGUGUGAGCAUAAAGCAAGCUCACUCCAUCGCUGAAAUGGCCUGUGGGUGACUUGUGACUAAGUUGGUGGUUUAGUACACCACGUUAUUUCAAGGAUGAAUGACAGCCGUCGGCACUUAGCUUAUGGUUCGACACCUUUUUUUCCCAGCAGACAUCAGUAUCUGAUGAAUGACUGAGAAUGGCCUUGACUUUUCACUGCUUCGGUCUUACGUGUACUGUAUGUAUUGCAAUGCAAGCUUUCCCCCUUCCAUUCACCCAAAACUGGUCUUACUGCAGAGCUUUGAAGACAACUUGAAUGUUUCUUCUCGUUUUGUUUUGUUGUUUGACACUGACAAACGCAUAUACACACACACACACACACACACACACACACACACACACACACACACACACACACACACACACACACACACACACACACACACACACACACACAAGCACGCAGUACCAAUUCCAAUAGAUAGGUAGGUUAACUGUGACUUAACUGAUAGCCGGUAGGUGCUGUUAGUAGUAAACAUAGACAAUAGAUUAAUGCAUGACAUUUUUAUCUGAAUGAGAAUUUCCACUCAUUUCUCGACUGCCACUUGCUUCAUCACAACACUGUAUAUUUGUCUGUACACUGCCUUCUAUAGAAAUCCACACUUUAAAAAGGAUGCCUGCAGGUAGCUGUUAAAAGAACCUAAAGCUGUAUGUUAGAGGAUUUCUUAAGGAAUAAUCACAAGGCCAAAUCCUACACAGGAUGCGGUGUCCUCAUCGAUAUUAACAUUCCAUGUAGAAGUCAUUGCGUUAAACUUUUGCCAGGUCGCUGUGAACAGCUGAAGUGAAACUCACACUCUAGUUUUGGACAUAAAUCCCAGUCGCGGAUGUGAUAGACUUGGAGUGCUGUCUGUUUCACAGUUUGUCACACGAUCACGUCCUCAUGAUCAAAAUAGCAACUUUUAAGGACUCGUGUAGGCUAUAGAAUAACGCUUCCCCCCCAAAGCCUUUUUAUCUGGAUUUACGCUAGUGUUGCAUGACCUCAAAAACAUUCCUAGAAGCAUGCAUUUAAGGUCAAAGAAGCCAGACAAAAAAAGUACAAUUAUUACAAUAGAUAUAUGUAUUUCUUAUAUAUAUAUAUAAAAUAUAUGUAUACAGGCAGGACACUUAUACAGUACACAUAUACCUUUAUUGGAGAAUUAAAAAACUUUAAAUAGCAAUGUUAAAGAGAAAGCAAGAGCUUUUCCACAAUGUGCAAAUCAUUGCCAUGUUUUUAGUUUUAAUAACAAUAAUAAUUGUUCUGAGCACAGUUUCUAUUUUCUCCUGUUUUAAAAGCCUGUUGAGAGUGCCAAAGGACACACUCUUACACGCCAUUUCAAAAGCAUAUUCUUUGCUAGAGAGUUUUCCAGCAAACACACAUUUAAAUACAAAAAGUUUGCUUCACUUUAUAUAAAAAUGCCUUCUGUGAACUAAGUGUUGAAAGGCACGGCAAAACUGUAUCAUCCCUAACCAGUCUUAUAUCAGAACGAUUUAUAUUGGCGUUAAAAUUGUCAGAAUUGAAAUGGAGUCUGGCUGUCCUCGAAGAAGUCUUUGAUGCCAUAAGCUCAAUCUGUCUUUAAAAGUUGGCAUCAGAUGUGAAUUAGGUUCUGAUUUCAGGAUUGUGUCCAGCUGAGAUUAAUCCGCAUUCGCUCAACACUGCCAAGGAACAUUCAAAGGCAGUAACGUCAAUAUGGGAAGUUAAUUAGCAGCAGUGUAGCAGAUAUUGGCUAACCUAGGGGUCCUCUGACUUCACUCCUGAGUCUCUUGCCUUUCUUCAUCUUUUCACAGAUGUCUUAGGUAAUUAGAAAGGUGAUGGAUGAUCUGUAGCAAGAAUUGUCUAAAAGAAUUCUGUCAUGCCAGGAUGUACAUCUUUAUUCUUAGGGUUUCAUUCUGCUCACUACAGUCUUUAACCUGCAGUAGCUAAAUGUUUUUAAGCCAUCGCUGCCAAUAUAUGCUCAGGAUGCCUCGUCCGACUGCCUGACAUGAGGCUUCUGAUGUCUCUCUGUCCAGAUCUGUGUCUGCUUUCAUGUAUCUUAAAAGGAUUUUUAGAGAAUCUUAGAGAAUAAACUGGUGCAGUUAUAUUUGUUGCUUUUCCAAAAGUAGCAUUAAAGUGGAUUGAGAUGUUAAAAUGGUCUGUAACUCGAGGUAGGACCAGAUUAAAUAGUUGUUUAGCAAUAUUCCCAUAAUCCUUUGGUGGAGGGGUCUGUGUGGAGAACACAGAUGUUUGUUUAAAAAAAAAGAAUGAACCUUAAUGGACCUCCACAGUCCAACCAAGAUCUUAUUGAUCAUCAUUUGAGUAUUGAUGUGGGUGUGUUGAUGCACAGCUAUGUAGGAGGUGUGUGUGUGUGUGUGUGUGUGUGUGUGUGUGUGUGUGUGUGUGUGUGUGUGUGUGUGUGUGUGUGUGUGAGUAGAGAGAGAAAGAGAACCACUGAAUGUCAUGGUCAUGGUUGUACCGUUGCAUUUAUGCAAGAUCCAUUUGCAUAUAUCUGUAUAUGUGAAAAAAACAACAUAUUUGUCUAUGCAUGCAAAUGCAUUGUAUCUUAUUGUCUUCAUUCCAUUUUUUUGCACAUAUAUUUAUGAUAAAUGUUACAGACACAUGCAACAUUUAUCUGUUAUGUUUGAAAUUGGGCACGUCACUGUACCUCAGCCACAUUCACUGUAGCAACUCCUAGUCUGGAGUUCACAAUGUUGUAGUUGAAUAUCGACAGCUAUUUCUGCUUAAAGCACAAAGACGAGUAGUAUCAUCCUCAUCUGUAUACCUGCAGAUUUAAUCUGUGAAAUGUUUUUGAGUGGAAACAAAGUCGAUUAAAAUUAUGUUAUGUAUUGCUUUAUAGGGAGCACCACCGCCUCUAAAAACAAAUGUCAUCUCUCAUGCUGAGGGACCCACCAGCAAAUCCCCUCCCUGAGAAGGGUGCCCAACAUUGAAUACACUGAGAAAUCUAUGCAGAGAAUGAUUAUUAGCUGGUAGUUGAGAAGGUUUAAGUACACAUUUUGUUAUGUUUUAUUCCAGCACCAAUUACAUGUUGAUCCUGAGAGCUGACAGCGCAUUUGAAACGAACCUUUCAAGCAGAAGAGACACACUUUGCAAUAUUCUGCUGCUGUACGUCAAACACUCACAUGUUGACUGAAUGUGAAUUAGAGCUUUCUGAACUUUUGUUUGUUUGAGCUGCGAUGUCAGCUCUUUGAGACAAGGCUCCUACAUAAAAAAACAAACUCAUACAUAGGGGAAAUACAUUAAGAUGAUCAAUAUGCAAUCUGUAUGCAUGUGUGUUUGAGGACGAACGUUUUCUUUUAGUUUGACCCCCAGUGUAUGACAGUGUGGCAUCCACUGAAACAAUAUGUACAGAUCUUCACUCCCCUCCUCCCCCAUCCUCCCCCAUAUCAUAGAGGCCUGAAAACAUCCAUCAAUGUUGAUACAGUGGAUAAUGGAUUUUCUUUCUAUGAAAUGAAAUGUGAGAGAAUAAUGUACAUAAUAACCAAUGGAUGAUGGAGCGAAAACCAUGUACUAUAUACUGUAUGUGAAGUCUGGAUUUAAAACGUAGUAUUAUCUGCACUUUACAAGACCAAAAGGACAAUCUAUGGACAAGAAAACGUCAAAUAAAAAAAUGCAUAUAAUCCUUCCUAAUGAUCAUAACCCUGACAAAGUAAUAUCAAUAAUGAAGCCAAUAAUAAUUCAACUGAAA